GAGAUUGUUCGAGGGAAUAAAUUCAUGUUCGUAGUCCUGAACAUGGCGACGUCUAAUUUGCUAAAGAACAAAGGCUCCCUCCAGUUCGAAAACAAGUGGGAUUUGAUGCGUCCCAUCGUUCUGAAGCUGCUCCGUCAGGAGUCAGUCACCAAGCAGCAGUGGUUUGACCUCUUCUCAGACGUCCAUGCAGUAUGCCUAUGGGAUGACAAGGGACCGGCCAAGAUCCACCAGGCCCUGAAGGCAGACAUCUUAGACUUCAUCAAGCAAGCACAAGUGCGGGUGUUGAGUCACCAGGAUGACACGGCACUGCUGAAGGCCUACAUUGUGGAGUGGCGGAAGUUUUUCACACAGUGCGACAUCCUGCCCAAACCCUUCUGCCAGCUGGAGAUCACGCUCAUGGGCAAGCAGGGCAGCAACAAGAAGUCUAACGUAGAGGACAGCAUCGUACGGAAGCUCAUGCUGGACACGUGGAAUGAGUCCAUCUUCUCCAACAUCAAGAACAGGCUGCAGGACAGCGCCAUGAAGCUGGUGCACGCCGAGCGCCUGGGGGAGGCCUUCGACUCUCAGCUGGUCAUCGGCGUCAGGGAGUCCUACGUGAACCUGUGCUCAAACCCAGACAAUAAGUUGCAGAUCUACAGGGACAACUUUGAGAAGGCUUACAUGGACUCCACUGAGAGAUUCUACAGAACACAGGCCCCCUCCUACCUGCAGCAGAACGGAGUACAGAACUACAUGAAAUACGCAGACGCCAAGUUGAGAGAGGAGGAGAAACGGGCGUUGCGCUAUUUGGAGACGAGACGUCAAUGUAACUCUGUACAAGCACUGAUGGAGUGUUGCGUGAACGCCCUGGUGACGUCCUUCAAGGAGACCAUCUUGGCCGAGUGUCCAGGCAUGAUCAGGCGAAACGAGACAGAGAGUGAGUACGGCCGGAGCGCUCCCGGCACCAAAGGCUCGGCCAGCUCAGAGCUCCAUCUCAUGUUCUCUCUGAUGGACAAGGUGCCUAGUGGCAUCGAGCCCAUGCUGAAGGACUUAGAGGAACACAUCAUGUCUGCUGGGCUGGCCGACAUGGUGGCCUCCGCCGAGACCAUCACCUCUGACUCUGAGAAGUACGUGGAGCAGCUCCUCACCCUGUUCAACCGCUUCAGUAAGCUGGUUAAAGAUGCCUUUCAGGACGACCCUCGCUUCCUCACAGCCCGAGACAAGGCUUACAAAGCAGUUGUGAAUGACGCUGCUAUUUUUAAAUUGGAACUUCCGCUGAAGCAGAAAGGGGUGGGGCUGAAGACUCAGCCAGAGUCCAAGUGUCCAGAGUUGCUGGCCAACUACUGUGAUAUGCUGCUGAGGAAAACCCCGCUGAGCAAGAAACUUGCAUCUGAGGAGAUCGAGGCCAAGCUCAAGGAAGUGCUGCUGGUGUUGAAGUACGUGCAGAACAAAGACGUGUUCAUGCGCUACCACAAAGCCCAUCUCACCCGACGCCUUAUCCUGGACAUCUCCGCUGACAGCGAAAUCGAGGAGAACAUGGUGGAGUGGCUCCGGGAGGUAGGCAUGCCUGCUGACUACGUGAAUAAGCUGGCUCGAAUGUUCCAGGACAUCAAGGUAUCCGAGGACCUCAACCAGAACUUCAAAGAGUGUCACAAACACAACAAGGUGGCCCUAUCAGGUCAGGGAGUCAGAGGGCUAAGCCUUAUGGAGAAAUCCCGAUCAUCCAGCAGACAAUCUGGCAAGCAUGUGAAGAAAAAUCAAUUUGCAUAUUUACCGAAGGGCCCCAGGGGACUGGUGAUCAGGCCUCACCAGGAAGACGGAGGUCAGAACAGAGGUCAGUCAGCCCUAUUAACGGACUCUGUCAACAUCAAGAUCCUGAAUGCGGGGGCGUGGUCGCGGAGCUCCGAGAAGGUGUUUGUGUCACUGCCCACCGAGCUGGAGGACCUGAUCCCCGAGGUGGAGGACUUUUACAAGAAGAACCACAGUGGCAGGAAACUGCACUGGCAUCACCUCAUGUCCAAUGGCAUUAUCACAUUUAAGAAUGAGGUGGGCCAGUACGACCUGGAGGUGACCACAUUCCAACUGGCUGUGCUGUUUGCCUGGAACCAGAGGCCUCGGGAGAGGAUCAGCUUUGAAAACCUUAAGCUGGCCACGGAGCUGCCUGAUGCCGAGCUCCGACGCACCCUCUGGUCCCUGGUAGCGUUCCCCAAGCUAAAGCGGCAGGUGUUGUCCUACGACCCAGUGGUGGGUUCGCCCAAAGACUUUGCAGAGGGCACCCUCUUCUAUGUCAAUCAGGAGUUUUCACUAAUAAAAAACUCCAAGGUCCAAAAAAGGGGGAAGAUUAACCUAAUUGGCCGGCUUCAGCUCACCACAGAGCGAAUGAGGGAGGAGGAGAACGAGGGAAUCGUCCAGCUCAGGAUAUUGAGAACACAGGAGGCCAUCAUCCAAAUCAUGAAGAUGCGCAAGCGGAUCACGAACGCCCAGCUGCAGACAGAGCUGGUCGAGAUCCUCAAAAACAUGUUCCUACCUCAAAAGAAGAUGAUCAAGGAGCAGAUGGAAUGGCUCAUUGAGCACAAGUACAUCAAGCGGGACGAGACGGAUCUCAACACCUUCAUCUACAUGGCGUAACGGUGGUGAUGACGUAUAACGGUGGUUCUUCAGGCCUGAUGGACAAUAAAAUAUUUCCAGGCCUGACCGUCUUAGAGAAAAAUAACAUCUUUGUAUCGUGGGGGUUCAACCCUGAUGGACAAUAACAAUAUUUUCAAGUUGACCUUUGAUAAUUUGUUUAUCUAUUCAUGUGGGGAAAUAAAGACUUGAUUUAGGACAGA